GGCAAAGUCCAAGUCGAGUCCAAGUUAAGACUGAAAAGUGUCCCAAGUCCUGCCGUUUCUGUUUCGAGUCCUUUCAAACAAAAUAAUGAUAUAUUUACACAGAUCACUGCCACUUGGUUUUUUGUCGACCACCUCGUAGUUUUUAAAUCCGAACGUCACGAUCUUUGGUGUAAUUUUCUCUCACGCGCGUCGUUUGACAGCUCUUCCUCAUUGGUUGUCCCGCAAUUUGAUUGGCUCGAUGCUAUCACAUCAAAACAACGUGGGUCUAAUUUGAUUGAAUGUUGUGCCGACAGCACAGUAGGUUAUUAAGCGCUCCUUAAUAACUUACUUUAUCACCUUUGGGUUUUGGGUAAAGUAUCAAGUCUUGUCGAGUCAAAGGGCUCGAGUCCAAGUGAAGUCACGAGUCACUGAUGUUCAAGUCCAAGUCAAGUUGCAAGUCUCUUUCUAUUUUGUCGAGUCGAGUCCAAAGUCGUCAAAUUGAUGACUCGAGUCUGACCCGAGUCCAAGUCGUGCGACUCGAGUCCACACCUAUGGUGGACGCUAAUGUUUAGUGUCCGUUUGCCAAAUUAAGCCUUGAAUUUCUAAAAGUUUUGAAAGAAAUAUGGCUUUGAAUGUAUGUGGCUGAACUUUCAUGAGGCUUCUUUGCAAAUUCUUCUUUUGCAAAUUUUUCAGGUCACAGUAUCCCGAGUUAGUCCAGACGUUAUCACAUGAUGAGAAUAAAAGGCAAGGAAAGCAGUAAAGACGGUUUCUUGCAGGACAGCCACACAGCCAGUCCUUUCGUUUGAAAAGAACAACUGUUCUGUCCUUUAGUUUGAAGCAAACCUUUUAGCUCCGGCGUUAGUCUUCCAUUACUUAUCACUUUCUGUUUGGAUUGGAAGUCCAGUUUUGAGAAAUGUUUUAGUCUUGAAAUACAAUCCAUGGGCAGUUGGAUCAGACAGAGCAUAAAAACGCUGUUCUUCACCCACUUGCUUGGCGCUGACUUUCAGUUGCCUGUUGAAGCCAGCUGGAGAGCACCUGUCAGUUCACGUACGACCCCUAGAGGUGAGGCAGAGUGCUGUUUGCCUCCCCUGCUGACUUUUCUUUGCACGUUCUUGUACGAUUAGCAGGAACAGUUCUGCGCAUGCAUUAAAGACAUUACACAGACUGUAGAGAGUCAUUCUGUAUAACAUAUAUUGGCGAUAUGCUGAGGAACAGAAACGGACACGUGUCAAACGAUCCAGCUUGUAUUGAAUUGGGGAUUUCUGCCCCUAUAUUUGAUCGCGAAAUACUCAAAUUUGGCUAUUGUUAUUUAAUAAAAUGUCAAAAAUGUCAUACUAAAAAGGCAUCUUUAACACAGAUCAGUGGAAAAUAUUAAUAUUUAUUUUAUGUACUUUUUUCUUUUUUUUUUUAUCAUGAUGGAAGGUGAGGCACUGUCUCCCCCGACCGCACGUCACUACUGUGAAGACGCCCAUGUGUAGUGUGCUGAAAAAAGAAGACGCCACCUUUUGGCUGAGACUGGUGGCUGGAGAUUCUGAACCAGCAUUCUGCAAUUUGUGGGCAUAUUAGCGAAUCUGAUGGAAACUACACGAUGCACUUGAGUUUUACACAACAAGCACACAACAUCCAAAAGUGUGUAGUAUUUUUUAUGCAAACCAAAUGACACUGAGUUGGAUCAAAUUACUGCAGUAGAAGUUCAUUCAUAUCGGUCAACCGACUGCAGAGAAUCUCAAACGGAACUACAAUCUCUCAAGAGAGAUUCAAGUCAAGGGCCACACAUAGUUGUAGAGUUCUACAACGAUGCAGAAUAUAUGUUCAGCCAUUCCAUAUUGUUAUAGCCUAGUUUUUAACAUCUGGUUGCUUUUAUGACACCAAUGUGUUUCAGAAACCUGAUGGCCUGCCACCUGCUGGAUUAUGAUGCCAAAUCUGUUUGGUGUCUAUUUUUUAUUUUCAUGUUUUUCGUCCCAGAUGGCCAUAUAAUCAACAGGAAUUGUUGGUUUUAUAGAGACCUAUUUACACUAAAAAUGUUUAAUUUUAUAUGAGGUCAUAUUUUGUUGCGCCAUAUCUGCUUAUUUUAUGUUAAGUGUGGUUUUGGUUAUGUUUUGGGUACAAUAGAGUUUGGUUUGUUUUGUUAGGGCAAAAGGGGAGAUACGUGCAAAAAACCCAAAACAAAACGUCGGUUUAGAGGUAGUCACCUUAGUUUGAGCCCUGUCAUGUUAAAGCGUGAGUUAGUUAUUCAGGAGCUGAUAAAACGCUGUUUAUGUACUGUUGUGAUUGGAGUAGCUGAUAAUAAAGACCCCAUCUUCCCUGUCUCUGUUUACCUCUGCCUUCAAGCACAAAGUGAAGGGGAGUUAGCCCCAGAGCUAAUGUUAGCUUCAGCUCUGGAGCGGAAGCUAACCCUCCCCUGUGCAUUCCAACUACGGUCGGGGCGCCAAAGCAGGAAAGAGCUAACGUGUAACCAGACACUGUUCAAAUUAAUUUAUUUAAUUAAAAGUAAAAAAAAACAACUAUGCAAAUAUCCCAUUUUACAAUGUGGACACCUGCAGCUUAUAGAGGAGUGCAGCCUAUAUAUGUACAGUUUUCUUUUUAAUUUUAGUGGGUGCCGCUUAUAUUCAGGUGCUCUCAAAAAUCGGGAAAUUACGGUAAUUAUGAUUGAACCAUAAUCAAAAAGUAAGUCUCCACUAAAUGGUUCAUAAUUUUUUUUGUUUAGUAAAAUAGUGUGUUUUAUGCAAAGUAUGAUUUUACAAGCAUCGGAAUAAUCAUCAUCAAGUGUUUAUCGAGCACAAAUGGGUUUUUUUUAAUCGCAAUUAUCCAAAUGUAUGUGUAAAUUCCAGUUGACAAAAAUGUCUUGUAGCUGGCACUACUGACUUGCAUCAUCUUCCAGGUCAUUGCUUGUUGGUGCUUGUAUUUGGGGUUAAUUGACUUUAAGUCUAUUCCUAAUAGAAGUUUUGACAAGUUUGUCCCAAAAUUAAAAUAAAUAUCAGUUUUUGAGCAAUGAGAAGGUUGAUGCUUGAUUAAAUCUCAUCCUUCCAAAGUGUUACCUGAUAGCAGCAAAAAUGGCGGCAACUGUAAAAAACAACAACUGUGAAACACACAAAACAAAUAAAAUAAAUGCUUUGCAUAUUGUUAGCAAUUCUACAUUGACUGGGCGCUAAAAAUGUCUUAAAACAUGUUUGACUUUUGUGUGCAGCAGACUAAUGAAUAACCAACAUGGUCUGCACUGGCAAAAUGCACACUGACCGCAUCUGUCGCUUCGACUACCUGUGCUACUGCUCAGAGGCAGACGAGUUUAUAUUUUUCCACUCCAAUUCCUCCGUCAUGUUACCUAACCUGGGGUCGCGACGCUUCCAGCCUGCCCUUCUGGACUUGUCAUCAGUUGAGGAUCACAACACUCAGUACUUUAACUUUUUGGAACUCCCAGCUGCAGCUUUAAAAUUCAUGCCCAAGCCUGUCUUUGUACCAGACGUGACACUGAUCCUAAACCGGUUUAACCCUGACAACUUGAUGCAUGUAUUCCAUGAUGACCGCCUCCCAAUCUUCUACACCAUGAAACAGUAUUCAGACUUGGAUGAUGAGGCUCGGCUAGGGUUCAUGGAGGGCUGGGGGGAAGGACCACACUUUGACCUCUAUAAGCUUCUCAGCAGCAAGCAGCCACUGCUUAAGGAACAGCUCAGGAACUUUGGCAAGCUAAUGUGUUUCACCAAAUCUUGUAUUGGUCUGUCGGAGAUGACCACAUGGUACCAGUAUGGGUUUGUGCAACCGCAAGGGCCUAAAGCCAACAUUUUGGUCUCAGGGAAUGCAAUUCAGCAGUUUGCGAGGGUGCUAAUGGAAAAAAUGAACAUAACUAGGGCAGAGGAGGCAGAGAAAGAUGGUGGAAGUGUAGAACGUGAAAAGGAAAAGGAGAAAUACGAUGAUUACGCCGUUGUCUUCAGCCGUUCAACAACAAGGCUAAUACUCAAUGAAGCAGAGCUAAUACUGGCUCUGGCCCAGGAGCUUCAGAUGAGGGUGGUCACAGUAUCACUGGAGGAACAGUCAUUCCCCAGCAUAGUCCAGGUGAUCAGUGGAGCUUCUCUGUUAGUCAGCAUGCAUGGAGCUCAGCUGAUCACGUCAUUGUUUCUGCCCGGGGGUGCAACUGUGUUGGAGCUGUUCGGUGUGUUUUUGCAAGCAUAUUCUCUAUCAUGCAAAUCCAAUAAAUACCCAGUUUGAUGAAGAUGGAGGAGCC